AUGCAACAGUCAGCAGAAGCCGGCCCAUCAUUGACGGCGCCUGCCGAGUCGUGGCUGUCGGUGUCGUCAUCCCGCGACAAAGUCCCAUCCCCUCAACCAGACAUCAGUCUUCGGCUACGCGGCGGUGGAGCGGAUGCAGGCGAUUCGGAGGGGUCUACACCUGACGGCCACGAUGAACAACGACAUCGACAACAGACCUCGGGGGCCGGGUCGACCCCACGGCGAAAAGGCAAGGAAGUUAGCAUCGCACCUGAUGCGCCUGAAAUCAUAGGAACUCGCCAGUCACUAGAUAACUAUCGCGCCAAACUCGCUCAGGAUCUGGGACGCCGAGAUAUACCUACACGAACUCCGCCCUCCGCACUCCUUGAGAAGAUGCGCUUCUCACCUAUCCGGGAAGAAGCUAUUGUCUCUCCCACCCCUGGUUCAGACCUACCAACCGCCGCCUCGACCGAGUCGAAUAAGACUGUCCGUGGCGGCAUGACCCCAGGUUUUGUGGCCAGGACGCCAUCAUACCCGUUCCCCCGCAUGGCUACGCCCAGCUUCUUUCCCUCACAUUUGCAGCAUGCCCUGGGCCAACAGUCUGGGAUUCUCGGUUCGACUGGUGCGCAGUUCACCCUACAUGACCAGCUGACAUCUCCAUCCUCCCCCGCAUCCGCAAUGACUUUCCUACCAUCUGGAGCCACGCCAUAUUCCGAGUCUUUCGAUUUUCCUACCCCUAAUCUCUACGAGCUGUCAUUGAUGCUCUCAUCAGAGCCUGGCUUGGAUGCGUGGUGGAGUAGUGUCAUCCAGAUCAUGACUGAAUGCUACAAGGCGGAGCGGAUCACUCUUUCUGUUCCUGCCGACGCUACAGACAUCGACAACGUCCCGUGGGGCCAGAAAGCGACCUAUCAUGCCCAACAGGAGGAUGAAUUGAGCAUGGGCUACAUGGCCAGAGGGAGCAGUAGGGUCCCUAGUAGUGCAGAUGACCAGUCUGACAUUUCCUCGAUCAAGGAUGCCUUUCAAAAAGGUGAGAGACCUUUGCGCCCAGGUGUGCAGAGCCGUCACUCUUUCACUGCCUAUGAGGAAAAGAAACAAUCCCGCAAAGCUCAGGUUAGCGAGGCGACAAAACUUAACCCUCAGAGGCCUGGUCUGGUGCCAAGGAGCAAAAGUUACUUCCCAGGGGCAGACAAGAAUAGCCCGACUUCGCCCCACCCGGCAUUGAAUCAGCAGUCACUGGAAGAGCACGACGCGGUUGAACCAGGUCAGCCUGUCCCGAGUUGGGAAGCAACAAUGGAUUCGAGCAGGGAGGUCAAGGGCCGGGUUCUUCCAGUGUUGCAGGGACUGGACCUCGAAGCUGACCCCCUCAUCGACCACAAUGGCAUCACCAGGGUCAUAGAACGAGGCAACGUCAUCGCCCUAACUCGUACAUAUCCAUAUCUUGAUCCGGAUGCGGAGGAGAAAGCCAAGGCCCAGAGCACCAGGCCAUCCUCAUCAACGCAGAGAAAGCAGAUCAAGACUACGCCUUCGACGAAGCUAUCAUCGCUGCUCGCUAAUGCUAGCGCACCCCGUUCCAAGGACGUCAGCAAGAAGCCAUCGUCAUCCACCAAGAGCGAUGUUACAAACCUCUACUCGGUUAUCGACGAGACUGCUCAGCGACCCCUCACACCGAACUACGAAGAAUUUGAACAGCCUCCCCCGUCACCAUGGUCUCAGUCACCUGCACCAUCUCCCGCAGUGCGCCCUGAUCCUAAUGAGAAUCCCUUCUUCACUGACGCAGUGGUUGACGAAGAAUCAUUCAACCCUGGCCCUAGUCCUCAAGACUACACCUCUGACCAGCCGCCCGAAGCUAUCGGAGUUGACAAUUCCUGGACCGUGCUUCAUAUACCCCUUCAUCACAUCCUGUUUUCAAAACCCGCUCAAGGAUUCAAGUUAAGUUCUACAGCCCUACGGCAAAAGACCAAUAUGCGUGGCAAGAUGGAAGGCAUAUCACCUGAACCUUCGCCGUCCGAGGAAUUUGCCCACAAGGAACGGCAACCACCCAUCGCCAUCUUGUCGAUUUUGAGCCCACUGAUACCGUAUCCGUCAAACCUACGUCACUCACUACAGCAUUUGGCCGCCCAUCUGGCGACGUCCUUCUCGCUUUGCCGUCAUUAUUCCAAUCUCGAGACCGUAGUUACGGGGCUCCACCGGAAAAGACCAGCGGCCGUUGGCUUUGGCGCGGUAGGCCCUGACGGAAGAGCGAAUGCGAACUCGACGAUGUUUUCUCAGCUCAACUACACGCCCUCAGAAGAGAUAUCUCUCCGCUCAAUUUCUGGAAGUAUUACCAGCCCUAGUGAUUAUUCCACUCACUCUCGUAGUAUCAAUCCCUCCCCGAUGGGAACCCCUUGGGAUGCCGGAUCUUUGGGGUUGUUAAUGGAGAGGCGUGCUGUGGGGACCAGUCCCAGCCAGACAGGCGGUGACAGCUACUUCAAUCCGAGGAGUAAGAGUAGUGGUACACCCGGCGAAGCCUCGUCGAGCGCUCCAAGUCAUCGGCCUGCUCGAAAUGCGAGGGAAAGCGCAGCAACGCCUAGCAGCCACCAUAAACGUUCGGGCAGUCUGCGUCAAAACCAGCAGGAACCUGUCUCCACGAAAGAAGCAGGGGUUCUUGAUCCGGCCGUUGGCAGUGCCAUCACUACCGGAGAGGACACUCCCACCGAUACACCCAAACCGCAACCUGCGUCAACAGCUCCCUCCGUAGUAGGGACUACGAAAGAGGAGCAGUUGAGGGAGCAGAGCGGCGAGGACGACCGGAAAAGGGCUUCGAACGAGCAUGGACCUGGGAAGGGUGUCUACAGGCACACAAAACUGCACUCAUAUGGCGGUGAUUUUGCUACAACAUUUCAGUCUCUGCCACCGAGCACACCAUUGGUUCCAAAACCAGCGAUGCCUUCUUCUACGCCAAAUCGCCCUGGAACUGUAUCGACUGCACCGGCGAGCAUGCCUCCACCGACCGACCGCCUCAAAGGUCUUAUGCUCGACCUACUGCCUGUCCAAGUAUUCGUGGCUUUACCUGUGAAUGGCGAGAUUGUGUGGGUAAACAGUAAAUACUUAUCCUACAGAGGCCAGACGCUUGCAGACCUGAUUGCGGACCCUUGGGGUAGUCUUCACGACGACGAUCGCAAUCAAUUCAUGGAUGCGUGGACGUAUUCGCUUCGCACGGGUGAGCCGUUCGUCCAUACUGCUCGGCUACGCCGAUUUGAUGGAGCUUAUCGUUGGCACCAAGUCCGCGCAGUUGCCUCGCGAGACAAGUGGGGAGUCAUCGUACAGUUCAUCGGCUCUUACAUGGACAUUCACGACCAGAAGGUUGCCGAACUGGUGUCUCUCCGCCAACAGGAAAUCGAGGUUUCAGAGGCAAAACAUCGCCUGCUGGCCAAUUUGAUCCCCCAAAUUAUCUUCACGGCGACAGAGAGCGAUGGUAUCACAUUUGCAAACGAGCAAUGGCUAUCAUACACUGGUCAAAACGACGAAGAUCAAUUGGGCCUGGGGUUCAUGGACUUUGUUCAUCCCGAUGACAUGGCAAAAUGUCGUUUACCAGCGGACUGUACAUCCAGAGCGUCCCCUGCCAGGAGGAGGGACCUUGAUACGCCCUCUGAGUUCUCUUCAUCCACGAUUGUGCCAAAGCGGACCUCGGCGACCUCAUCAUCUACGCAUACUCCUACGGUCAAAAGCCCUAGAGGACCUCUUGGCUUAUCCCGAGACAACAGCUCAAACAGUUCUUCAGCAUAUGAUUCCCCUAAUGCAGAUCUCAGUGAACUCACAAGGAAAGGAAUCAUCAAGGUCGCCACAGAUAGCAACGGCCGGCUUUCAUACACGACAGAAAUGCGUUUGAGGUCCAAAACAGGAGAAUAUCGAUGGCAUCUGAUUAGGUGUGUGGAGAUUGACGGUGUCGGGUUUGGCAGCGGCACCAGCUCCUAUUUCGGCUCUGCAACCGACAUAAACGACCAUAAACUGCUGGAGGCGAAGCUGAAAGAGGCCAUGGAGUCGAAGGGCAGGUUUCUGAGCAACAUGUCUCAUGAGAUUCGAACGCCUUUGAUUGGUAUAUCUGGCAUGGUGAGCUUCCUGCAGGAUACGACACUCAAUGAGGAGCAGAGGGACUAUACGAACACGAUUCAGACCAGUGCCAAUAGUCUUCUGAUGAUUAUCAACGACAUACUGGACCUAUCGAAGGUCGAUGCUGGUAUGAUGAAGCUGAAUUUUGAAUGGUUCCAUACUAGAUCACUCAUCGAAGACGUCAACGAAUUGGUCUCGACGAUGGCAGUCGCCAAACGGCUGGAACUCAAUUACAUCGUCGAGGAGAACGUACCUUCAUGGGUUAAGGGUGACAAAGUACGGAUACGCCAAGUGCUUUUGAAUGUCAUAGGUAACGCCAUCAAGUUCACGGCUGAAGGGGAAGUCUUCAGUCGAUGCAGAGUUUUCUCGGACAACACCUCUGAGCUUGACGAACACCAGAUGAUGCUCGAGUUUUCGGUCAUUGAUACUGGGAGAGGUUUCUCGAAGGAAGAGGCCGAACUAAUCUUCAAACCUUUUAGUCAGAUUGAUGGCAGCAGCACCCGGCAACAUGGCGGUAGCGGGCUCGGUCUUGUCAUAUCAAGGCAGCUUGUGGAACUUCACGGCGGUACAAUGGAAGGCAGUGCGGUGCCUGGGAGAGGCUCAACAUUCAGUUUCACCGCCAAAUUUGGAUUACCAACCUCAGCUGACCAUCCGCACUUUGCCGAAACACCGCCAACGAUGGCGUCUAUCCCAACACCGUCAGAGGACAAGGCAAUGCAGACCAUGAAGCCCUUGUUUCUCCAAAGAACUCUGGAACAGCCGUUGACUGCCAGCCCCGGCUCCGACAUCGAAGUCGCUUCGCCUGCUUUUACAUCGUCUGCUAGCUCGGACCCUUCGGUGCGCUCUGUGCGUACGCAGAACACGGCAAGAUCGUCCAUUUCAUCUGUCAACGUCGGCCUUGUACACUUCAGUGAAGCUGCAAAAGCGAGCGGGCAGGAUCUUUCACAGAUGAAACUGGAGAUGCCGUCCGGAAAGAUGUCGCCUGCGAUUCCACCUACCCCUGAGGCAACCAAAAUCACGAAUGCCGAGCGGUUCCGUCCCCCGAUGUAUUCGGUUCUCAUCAUAUGUCCGCAGACAUACUCCAGAGAAGCUGUCACGAAACACAUUGAGACGACACUACCAAAAGAUGUUCCACAUCAGAUCACAGCCGUCGCGAGUGUAACAGAGGCCGGCAAACUGAUUGGUGGGCAUGAGUCUGUCACGUUCACACAUAUCGUGCUCAAUCUCGGCACGGCGGAAGAGAUCAUCAGCCUUAUAGAUCAGAUAAUGGCCACCUCUAGGGACAAGACCUCGGUCCUGAUCUUGUCAGAUUCGGUACAGAGACAGGCGGUGCUCAAGCUCGCUUCCGAUACUGCGCAUCGCCAACUCCUAGCGGAGAAACGGAUCAUUUUCGUGUACAAGCCGAUCAAGCCAUCUCGGUUUGCUGCCAUAUUCGAUCCGGCAAGGGAGCGUGAUUUGAGUAUCGACCUCAACAGAUCGAGUGCCGCGCAGAUGGUGGAGAGCCAGAAACAGAGCUACCUGGAUGUGGAAAAACGAAUCGGCAACAAAGGCUAUAGGAUUUUGCUUGUCGAAGACAACCCGGUCAACCAGAAGGUUCUUGUCAGGUACUUGAAGAAGGUUGGGAUCGAUGCCGAGAUCGCGGCAGACGGAAUGGAGGCAACCGAGAGAGUAUUCGCACACCCCCCGAAGUACUACUCUCUCAUACUGUGCGACCUCCAUAUGCCUCGUAAAGACGGCUAUCAGACGUGCCGAGAGAUACGACAAUGGGAGAAGAAGGGCAGCUAUCCUUCAGUGCCCAUCAUAGCUCUCUCGGCAAACGUGAUGUCGGACGUCCAAGACAAAUGCGUGGCGGCCGGCUUCAACGAUUACAUCACAAAGCCAGUAGACUUUGUUGACUUGAGCAACGCGAUGUCCAAACAUUUCUGA